AUGUUAGAUGUGCACGGGGGUCGCAUUUUGCCCGCGGGUCGUCACUUGAUGAUCUCUGUGUUUGCAUCAGAAUGGUCACCUGUCAGUCAGAUCCACAUAAACCACCUUCCUGUUUCCAGAGCGCGUGAGGACGAGGAGGAGGAUGGAGGGAGCGACGAUGGACCCCUCCUGCCGCGGGCACGAGGCGAACUGCUCGGCCACGCGCGCCACCGAGACCCUGGUUCUGACCGCAUCCUCGGAGUGGAGCGACCCCGGCUCGGCUGCGGACGCGCACCGGCUCCUGGACCUGCAGCUGCCCGCCGCGGGCCCCCCAACGGUUGUGAGCUGUACGCUUUCUGCGGCGCUCUGUUUGGGAUCUGCUCCAUGAUCACACUGACUGUGAUCGCCAUUGAUCGUUAUGUGGUCAUCACCCGCCCUCUGGCCUCCAUAGGUGUGUUGUCACGGAAACGGGCCCUCUUCAUCCUUAUGGCGGUGUGGGCGUACUCCCUUGGCUGGAGCCUACCACCGUUCUUCGGCUGGAGUGCGUAUGUGCCUGAGGGCCUGCUGACUUCCUGUACGUGGGACUACAUGACCUUCACGCCGUCAGUGCGAGCGUACACCAUGCUGCUCUUCAUCUUUGUCUUCUUCCUGCCGCUUUUCAUCAUCAUCUACUGCUACGUCUUUAUCUUCCGAGCCAUCCGCAUCACCAACCAGGGGGUAGGGAAGAUUAAUGGCAGCACCCACAGUCACAGCAGCACUCGGGACAUGACGAAGGGUUUCCACCGGCUGCAGAACGAGUGGAAGAUGGCAAAGAUCGCUCUGAUCGUCAUCCUGCUCUACGUCAUCUCCUGGUCACCAUACUCAACUGUCGCGCUCACCGCCUUUGCUGGGUAUGCAGACAUGUUGACUCCGUACAUGAACUCUGUUCCUGCUGUCAUCGCCAAGGCCUCAGCCAUCCAUAACCCCAUCAUCUACGCCAUCACGCACCCAAAGUACAGGAUAGCAUUAGCCAAGUACAUACCAUGUCUGGGCACUCUGCUCUGUGUCCGUCCUCGUGACCUUCGCUCGACCAGUAGCAGCUUCAUAUCGACGCGUCGCUCCACUCUGACCAGCCAGAGCUCUGACAUCAGCAGCCAAUACAAGCGGCCGAGCACCCGAAAGUCCCGCCUUUCCUCUGCCUCCGACAGCGAAUCAGGUUUGACAGACACUGAGGCAGACUUGACCAGCAUGAGCUCCCGACCAGCCAGCCGACAGGUUUCCUGUGACAUCAGCAGGGAUACAGCCGAGCUGCCCAACAUCAAACACUCCUCCAGCUUCAAGUCCAAGCUGAAGAAUCAUGACUCGGGCAUAUUUGAAAAGACAUCCUUUGACACCAUUUCCAUGGGAGGAGUCAAUCAACGCAACAGUCUCCCACAUAACGGGGAUCUUGCUGAUGGACACAUGAUGCGAGACGCAACUGGUCGAAUUCCGAGCAUCGUCGUCACCUCAGAGACAAGUCCCUUCCUGCCCAUUGGACGAAAAGGUUCACGUGCAACCAGACCUAAAACUGCCAACAACAACAACACAGGGGCGGGGCAUGUUUAGAGCUCCACCCCCUCCUCUUUACAAACAGCUGCAGCCAUAAAACCAGCUGAUUUCCUGUUGUAGUUUAAGAGCCGAC